AUUAGCAGGCUGUGUGAGUUGUACUCAAUCUUUCUCAGCCUCAAUUUCUGUUCGACAUCGUUUUAAAAAUUGUUUUUGGACUACCAAUUUUUAGUUGAACUCUUAAUUCCUUCAAACGCACAGCCAUGGUUGCCCGCCUCAUCAUGAGUUUUCUGCUGUUGGGCGAGCACAUCCUGCCCAGAACUAAAUUACUUCAUCAAUCACUGAUUCCUGUCCGGGGAAUGGCCAGAAGGAGGGGCCACAGCACCGAGAAGGGCAAGAAGAUCUGCGAGAGGAAUCGGUUCUUUGGCGGCUGCUUUCGGACGAAUCAAGCUUAUAGGAAGAAGCAGAAGGGCACGUGUUGUAGGGAUCCCUGCAAGGAUGGAGCCUGCCAUCCCGGCAAAUAGUUGGCAUUAACUAAAAAUCACUAAGUGUCAACCACCAACUUCUGGAUUCCGUUUACAUAUGUUGGAAAUAGUUCAUUUUCUCCUGGCAAGGAAAACAAAAGGUUGGUCGAUAAACAAGUCGAAAAUAUAAAAAUUAAAAAAGCAUUUUAAAAAUAA